UGAUACAUUUCAUUCUCCUUUGUGUUUUCAAAUUUUUGUUAUUUUAAUUUUAUUUAACAUUUAUUUAACUUGGCAAGUCAGUUAAAAACAAAUUCUUAUUUACAAUGGCGGCCUACCAAAAGGCCUCCUGCGGGGAUGGGGGCUGGGAUUAUGAAAAUAAAAAUAUAGGACAAAACACACAUCACAACAAGAGAGACUACAUAAAGAGAUACCUAAGACAACAACAUAGCAUGGCAGAAACACAUGACAAAACAGCAUGGUAGCAGCACAAAACAUGGUACAAACAUUAUUGGGCACAGACAACAGCACAAAGGGCAAGAAGGUAGAGACAACAAUACAUCACGCGAAGCUACCACAACUGUCAGUAAGAGUGUCCAUGAUUGAGUCUUUGAAUGUUUUUUUGCAGCUCGUUCCAGUCGCUAGCCGAGGAUCGACCCGGGAUGUGUGUGCUUUGGGGACCUUUAACAGAAUGUGACUAGUAGAUAUCAGUAGAUAUCUCAGAUAGGGGGGAGUGAGGCCUAAGAGGGUUUUAUAAAUAAGCAUCAACCAGUGGGUCUUGUGACGAGUAUACAGAGAUGACCAGUUUACAGAGGAGUAUAGAGUGUAGUGAUGUGUCUUAUAAGGUUGCUUUGGUGGCAAAUCUGAUGGUCGAAUGGUAAAGAACAUCUAGCUGCUCGAGAGCACCCUUACCUGCUGAUCUAAAAAUUAUGUCUCCGUAAUCUAGCACAGAUAGGAUGGUCAACUGAAUCAGGGUUAGUUUGGCAGCUGGGGUGAAAGAGGAGUGAUUACGUUAGAGGAAACCAAGUCUAGAUUUAACCUUAACCUGCAGCUUUGAUAUGUGCUGAGAGAAGGACAGUGUACCGUCUAGCCAUACUCCCAAGUACUUGUAUGAGGUGACUACCUCAAGCUCUAAACCCUCAGAGGUAGUAAUCACACCAGUGGGGAGAGGGACAUUCUUCUUACCAUACCAAACCACGUGUUUCAUUCAAUAAAGGAAAAAGGCUAAUUUAAAAACCCAUUCAGACAAAUAAAACGUAAAGGGCAGGUUUCCCUGACAUAUAUUAAGCUUAGCUUGGACCCAAAAAUGAUUUCAAUGGAGAUUUUCCAGUGACCCUUCUUUUUAGUCCAGAACUAGGCUUUAUCUGUGUUCAGGGAACUGGCCCAUAGUGCUCUUACACAUAAAUGUAGAUAAGGAUAGCUGUUUUUUCACGUUUCCUUCUUUGAACAAAGCUGGGGGAGAAAUUGUUUUUCUUUAUGAUAAACCUCUAUACCGAUGACGUUUUUAUUUGCACACACAACUAUCCAACCUCUCUCUAUUCUUCUCUCUUCUAUAAAGAGUAAUUUAUGUCACUUACACACCCAAGCGCACACAUACAAAUAAACCAGGUUGUUUUCCUACUGCUAUAAAGCAUAGAGAAUCUCCCUUGUGUCACAAAGUAGGCGCCCAACCCUAAAGCCCUACUACCCUGCUCCCACGCGAUGACCAUCAUCCGUGGCACUUUAUGACUUUACUGCCUGACCCUCAAGUUAAUUUAGAGUGGCCGCGCUGUGGCUGGAUGGGCAUGCGCUUCCUGACAAGCCCAAUUAUUCUGAAUCAUUUCACUAAAGGGUCCAGAUGCUGCCUUGCUGUCGUCUCCGAUCCUGGGGGCCAUUAAGACACGCUGGUGCCUCCUAAAUGCCAUACACUUCUGCUUGAAUGGGCACCUCCCCAUAUCUGUUUACCUGUCAUGCUGCACCCUGCCCCUUCAUGCCCACACACAUAUACACACGCCAGUAUCACCCCACUUCCGCUCUCUAUACUAUUGUCACCAAAGGGUUGUCUCUGCCUCACUGCUCUAUCUCGCUCAGUGCGAAGCCUGUGUGUGGAGGAGAGAGGGGUUUGCUAAAGCGUGAUGUGCUCGCAUGCCGGGAACCAUCCUAAUGAUGCACGUUGCAACUUCACAAGAGGAAUGCUGUCCACAAAUGGAAGCUAGAGGACUGAGGCACAGGAGAGGAUCUGUGAUUGCGCAUUGAGGACUCACUGUAUGUGCUUUGGAUUUUUCAACCGAGUCGAUUUAAGAGAUCUUACUUUUAACAUCCAUUACAGCUGCCACAGGGCUGGUGUGUUUUUUUUUUUCUUCCCAUCUCAAAUGAUUUUACUUGCAGAAUCGAGACUUCAGUUGCUUCUGAUGCAGUGCCUCCUAUGCUCCUGAACUCCUGAGCAGGAGGUGUGAGCUGGAGCGAUGCAAGUGCCCGUCAAGGACUGUCUCUCCCUGAUGGUCUACUCCUUCACGUUCCUGCUGGGCCUCCCCUCCAACCUGCUGGUGCUCUUUGUGUACGUCCGCAAGGCGCACAAGCGGGGUGCCACGCCCAACGUGGUAUACGCACUGAACCUCUGCCUGGCUAACCUGGCACUGGUGGCCUGGCUGCCCGUCAAGGCCCUGGAGACUUUCCUCCAGGACUGGGCUCUUCCGUCGCCCCUCUGUCCCGUCUACAGCUUCUUCUUGUUCUCCUCGAUCUACGGCAGCUGCCUCUUCCUCACGGCCGUGACGGUGGGCCGCUACCUCAGCAUCGCCUUUCCCAUCAGCUAUAAGCUGUACCGGCGGGGCCGCAUCUCCUGCUUCAUCAGCGCUGCCCUCUGGGCAGUGGUACUGCUGCACCUGAGUCUGGGCCUGGUGGCAGAAGGCGGGGGCGGCUUCGUGUCCACCUCCAGCCAUAAUGUGUCGGUCUGCUUCGAGAACUUCACCCAGAACCAGCUGGACCUGCUGCUGCCAUUGCGCCUGGAGAUGGCGCUCCUCCUCUUCCUAAUGCCACUGGCCAUUACCGCCUUCUGCACGCUACGCUGCGUAGCCCUGGUGUGGCGGUCCUGUUUGCCCGUCCUGGGGAAGAGGCGCGUCCUGGCCGUGGCCCUUUCCACGCUGGCUGUGUUUGUGGUUUGCUACUCGCCCUACAACGCCUCACACAUCGUGGGCUUUGUGCUGCAGGAGAACGUCCACUGGAGGACUGAGGCCAUGCUGUCCAGUGCCUGUAACGUCUUCCUGGAGCCUGUGGUCAUGCUGAUGCUCUCCCCGGCAACGCCCCGCGGCCUCAUGGGAAGGCUCUGUGGAAGGCCCAGCAGAUACAGCCGGACAGAGGGGCGCCAUUGUAGCAAAACCAUCACACGGGACCCUCUGGCUAAUGUGAGGGGAGUGGCGUCACUGACCGACAGACAGACGGGAGCAAACAUUUCCAAGUUAAGUCAGGAAUAAUCUGCACAAACAAGACAUGUAAGACAUGUGAGUGGAACUCAAAGGAAAUAGUUUAGGACCAAAUAAGUGGAGAACUGAGGCUGAUGUGGAAUACACUUAGAAAUAGGACUGGUAAUGCUCAAAAUGGGCAGAGCUGAGGUUGGAACAAGUGUCAGUCUAGAAAUCUGCACAAUUAUUGAUGACAAAAAUAAUAUAUUGUGUUCUCAUGAUACUGUAUGCUUUCUAUGCUCUGGAAUCUUUAGAAAGUUAUACAUAACAAACCACAGUGAUCAUAUGAAGUACCUUUUGUGGCUUAUGAACUGAGAGGCUGAAAGAUGAGACGUGGAAAACUGACCAAAGGUUAUCUGAGCUGAGCCAGUGAUGAGUCCUCUACUGUGAUGGUCUGAUCUGGAUUGCGCCACCAGCAGCUAAGGCAGGAGGACUAUUUCAACUGACUAAUUACAAUGGAGCCAUUGUUAAAAAGUUACAUUCAAAUAAAAAGUAAAUGUAUUCUGGUAUAUUUUUUGGUUUACUGUAAGAAACUGGAGAUCUUUCUGUGUCUUAAAGUAUGGCGAUAGAAAUGCCCUGUCAAUUCUCUGUCCAAAAUAUUCUGGAGAUAAUUGAUCAAUGGGCAAGUGGUAUUAAACAGAUGCAUGUAAAUAGAACCGUCAUUUAUUGAUUGUUAUUUACAGCUUACACUGGGAGCUUUAAGGAGUUUACGAAGAUGAAUGUAAAAUGUACUAAUUCUGAUCUGCAACUCUGCUGAACGUAAAGUUAAUCAGAAACCUGUCCUCAUUUUAUAUCUGACAGUCUGAGAAUCAAUACAUUUGAAAUCUCAACCAGCAACAGUUUUGACUAUAGUGUAUGUUUCUCUAAUCUCAAAAUGUGAAUUAACUGAGCAUUACUUGUUUAUAGAACCUGCUUCGAAUUGAGGAUUUGACUUUGCAAUAUUUACAUGUAAAUCACUACCUUCCUUGUGCAAGAGAAAUGCCCGAAUAAAACAUGAA